AUGAAGCAGCGUGAAAUCGUCAACUCGGACGAGCUGGAGGCGGCGCUUCAGGAGAGAGAAGGCUGGCAGGGCAUGUGGCCUGCUGUUCGCGUGAUCGAUUUUCGUGGCGGGACAAUUGUGGAAGAUUGUGCUUUUGACAGUGCUGUCGACCUGGAGAUCUUCUUGUUGCGACUGAUCCUGCUGGAAACCCGCCAAGUCACGCCCAGCAGCAGAGGCCCCUGGCAAGGCGAAGUGCUUUCCGCCGCCGUCAACCCGUCCAUGCUCAGAUGUCUCCGCCAACACGCCGGCCUGUUCGACACCUUUAUCGAGGCGACCUGCGGCAUCGGACACUGGUACUCUGCGAAGCAUGUGUGCUACGGUUCUACGAGUCUGUCGUCAGAUAUACAGAAUCCAGAAGAAGUACCCAAGAGAUUCGAAACUGAUAUAAUCAUUUGUGUGUCUUGUGUAGACAUCUUUUACGAGUACAUUCCCCAGGAAAAGAGACAUUCGUGCACGCAGUUGUCCACAGACUUUCAAAGCACGACGUACUUUUUCCUCGAUCUUCCUGCGCCGGUGCUUGCCCGGUUCAUGAGAGACGUUGCCGAGGAUGGCGGCGAGCUCUCGACGCGCUUCUUUUACUUGGAUACCUUGAUUGCGGACGAGGCGAUGAGGACGUGGCAGAAGGACAUUGCCCUGAAGCGGACGGCACUCAAAUCACUGGAUCAAACGGUUGAGCAUUCAAAAGUCGAUAACCAGUCCAUCCAUGAGUUACACGCCCUCGCUCGAGAAUGGCAUAUCCUCGCCCGCAAUCUCUCCGACUACGCCGCCCUUCUUGAAUUCUUCAAGAGUGCUGCUUCAAGGUAUCAUACACUAUCAGCCACACAUCAUGGUUCAACGACACCAAACGGGGCGAUGCUAGGCGGGAGUCUCGAGUAUCUCGUUUCGAGCUGCCAGUCCCUCACUUACUUGGUUUCCGACUACAGCGGCAGGACCAAGACCCGGAUUGACUUGCUGUAUCAUCUCGCCAACCAGGCAGAAAGUCAAUCAACCCGAGAACUCGCCGAGCUGGCGCGGCAAGACAGCGCUGCGAUGCUCACCAUCGCGGCUGUUACUCUGUUAUUUCUGCCGGGGACGUUCAUCGCAGUGAGGACCCUCACUUUUCCAUGGACUGCUAAGCACCCGUUAAGACUGAUUGUCUGCAUACAGUCUAUAUUGAGCACCACGAUUUUCAACUUUGCCGACGGAGAGAUGCAAGUCUACAGGAAAUGGUGGGUAUUUCCCGUCACUGUAGUGCCGUUUACCAUCCUUGUGUUUGCCAUCUGGUUUGCGUGGCUCGGUCGAAAGCGUGGGGGACAGAAGCAUAGAUACAUGUAG